AUGGCCUCCUCCGUCUCCGCCGCCGCCAAGGCCUCCGCCGCCUUCGCCCACAAGGUCCGUCCCCUCCUCCCCCUUCCGCCCCCUCCCACCUCGCGUCCCGUCACUGAUCGGCUUCCUCCCCUGUCGCAGAAGGAGCUCGCCGCGGCGGCGCCGGCGCCGACGCAGCACCGCGCGGGCUCGGGCCGCCGGAGCAAGCCAUGCCGCGUGCGCGCCGUCGCCUCGCCCGCGCGCGCGCCCCGCGCCCCGUCGUCCACCGGCUCGGUGAAGACCGCGAUGACGAUGACGGAGAAGAUCCUGGCGCGGGCGUCGGAGCGCGCGGGACUGGAGCCCGGGGAGAACGUGUGGGUGGACGUCGACGUGCUCAUGACGCACGACGUCUGCGGCCCCGGCACCAUCGGCAUCUUCAAGAAGGAGUUCGGGGGGGACGCCAAGGUCUGGGACCGCGAGAAGGUCGUCAUCAUCCCGGAUCACUACAUCUUCACCAGCGACGAGCGGGCUAACCGCAAUGUCGAUAUCCUCAGGGACUUCUGUAUGGAGCAGAACAUCAAGUACUUCUAUGACAUCAAGGACCUCAGCAAUUUCAAGGCUAAUCCAGACUACAAAGGUGUCUGCCACGUUGCACUUGCUCAAGAAGGCCACUGCCGACCAGGCGAGGUUCUCCUUGGUACUGAUUCUCAUACAUGCAAUGCUGGAGCCUUUGGUCAAUUUGCAACUGGAAUUGGAAACACUGAUGCAGGUUUUGUGUUGGGCACUGGAAAGGCUCUUCUCAAGGUGCCACCAACUAUAAGAUUUGUGCUAGAUGGAGAAAUGCCACCUUAUUUACUCGCAAAGGAUCUGAUUUUGCAAAUUAUUGGUGAGAUUUCUGUAUCUGGUGCAACCUAUAAAUCCAUGGAGUUUGUUGGAUCAACUGUGGAGAGUCUAAGUAUGGAAGAGCGAAUGACAUUGUGCAACAUGGUUAUUGAAGCUGGUGGAAAGAAUGGUGUUGUGCCUGCUGAUGAGACUACAUUUAAAUACCUUGAGGGCAAGACAUCAGUUGAUUAUGAACCUGUCUACAGUGAUGCUCAGGCCAGAUUUUUUAGUGACUAUCGGUUCGAUGUAUCCAAACUGGAACCAGUAGUUGCCAAGCCACAUUCACCUGACAACCGUGCUCUAGCAAGAGAAUGCAAAGAUGUCAAGAUUGAUCGAGUCUAUAUUGGUUCUUGCACUGGUGGUAAGACGGAGGACUUCCUUGCUGCUGCAAAGGUGUUCCUAGCUUCAGGCAAGAAGGUUAAAGUUCCCACAUUCCUUGUCCCUGCGACACAAAAGGUGUGGAUGGACUUGUAUAGCCUCCCUGUACCAGGAUCUGGUGGCAAAACUUGCUCCCAGAUAUUUGAGGAGGCUGGAUGCGACACACCAGCUAGCCCUAGUUGCGGUGCUUGCUUAGGUGGCCCUCGUGAUACAUAUGCACGCAUGAAUGAACCGAUGGUCUGUGUGUCCACGACGAACAGGAACUUCCCAGGCAGGAUGGGACACAAGGAGGGGCAGAUCUACCUGGCAUCCCCCUACACGGCGGCCGCCUCGGCCCUGACUGGGUAUGUCACAGACCCCAGGGACUUCCUCAUGUAACGACCUUGAAACGGCAGAGUUCAUGAUGUAACAGAAUGCCUGUAUUACUGUUUUUUUCGUGUUGAACCUUAGUUUAGACGUGUCUCUGGAUGACAAAUAAGCAGUUUUACCUUGCUGGCGACUGCAAAUCGAGAGGUUGGCAUGUAUGGUUUUGCAUUAUUAAAAGUUUACUGUCAAAAAUAAGCAUGAUUGUUACACAA